CUAAUUGGAGUCAGAUUUUCAGUGCGAGGAGUGGCUACUUCAACCCGAGACAGCGGAGUCAUCCUCCUCCACAAGGGCGAGGGAGUAGUUGGUUAACUGUAAACAUCUGAGUGAAAAGAUUAGUUUGGAAGCUUUUGAGUUGAUUAACAUUUCUUUUGAAGCUGGAGCCAUGUCUGUGGUGUAUUCGCGUACUUCAGUUUGAGGAUGGAGUCAUCAUGUCUGGACCUGGCUCUGGAAGGUGAGCGGCUCUGUAAGGCUGGUGACUAUCGGGCCGGUGUGUCUUUCUUUGAGUCUGCCAUCCAGGUUGGAACAGAGGACCUUCAAAUCCUCAGUGCCAUCUACAGCCAGCUGGGAAAUGCCUACUUUCAUCUACAGGAGUAUAAUAAAGCCUUGGAGUACCAUCGGCAUGACCUCACACUUACCAGAACGAUUGGAGAUGAACUUGGUGAGGCCAAAGCCAGUGGGAACCUUGGGAACACAUUAAAGCUUUUAGGACGGUAUGAUGAAGCAGUGGUUUGUUGCCAAAGACAUUUGGAAAUCACGAGAGCCAUAUAUGAUAAGGUUGGGCAGGCUCGAGCGCUGUAUAAUUUUGGGAACGUUUACCACGCCAAGGGCAAGAGCAUCUGCUGGACUGGAGCAGAGCCAGGAGAGUUCCCAGAGGAGGCCAGGAUAGCCCUAAGGAAAGCUUCACAGUACUAUGAAGCAAACCUGUCCCUGGUGAAGGAGUUAUGCGAUCGGGCAGCACAGGGCCGUACCUAUGGGAACCUUGGUAAUACUUACUAUCUGCUGGGAGAUUUUGAAACUGCCGUAGCUGCGCAUGAAAAGCGGCUACUCAUCGCUAAAGAGUUUGGGGAUAAGUCUGCUGAGAGGAGGGCCCAUUGUAACCUUGGCAAUGCUCACAUAUUCCUCAGCCAGUUUGAAGUGGCAGCGGGUCAUUACAAGAGUACUCUGCAGCUGGCCAGGCUUUUGAAGGACAGAGCAGUGGAGGCCCAGGCCUGUUACAGUCUGGGCAACACUUACACACUACUGCAGGACUAUAAAAGAGCCAUUGAUUACCACCACAAACAUCUGGUCAUCGCUCAGGACCUCAACGACAGAGUUGGUGAAGGAAGAGCUUACUGGAGUCUAGGAAAUGCCCACACUGCCCUGGGGAAUCACCAGCAAGCCAUGUACUUUGCUGAGAAACAUCUGGAAAUUGCCAAAGAGACUGGAGACAAAAGCAGUGAGGUCACAGCCAGGAUGAACUUGUCAGACCUUCGUCUGGUUGUAGGCCUGAAGUCCAACUCCAACAUCCACCCCAGCAUCUUUCGCAACCCAAAUACUAAUAGCUCCGCUCUGCCAGUAAGCUACCAGGUUUACCCAAAUCUCUCAGGGGUGAAGUCUCCACCGAGGAUGAGAGAUAGUGCAGAGAGCCUGGAACUGACUCAAAGUUUUGACAAAAACCAACCUGGAGAUUCACCAGCACAACCAGACUGGGAUGAGGAUGUGUUCCCUGGGUCUUCGAAAAACAACACAAUCAAGGCUUCCACUAAGCUCUUCCUCUUCCACCGACUGAAAAGCAAGAAGCACAAGAACAACAAGUCAUCUCCUAAAGAGCAACAUGAAAUCUACACCAAGCACACAACUCCAGAGCUGGACACACCAGUGUCUAUUAAGCCAGGAUCCUGGGACACUAUUGGAGAGGACGGCUUUUUCGACCUCCUCUCUCGUUUCCAGGGUAACAGAAUGGACGACCAAAGGUGCUCUCUACUGGAUGGCCAGAGCCAUCUCCCUGCCCAUUCCUCUCCCUCCUCCACCCCACCUGUAGCAGAGAGGAAAUCUAUUUCGGAGUGCGAAAUACCAUUGCAGGAUCCUGGUCAUUUCCUGGAGCUGCUGGCCAGCUCCCAGGCCCGUCGUCUGGACGACCAACGAGUCAGCCUGAGCCAUUUUCCUGGCUUACGUCUCAGCACCUCCAGCCCGCCUCGUACACCCUCCACCUCCAGCACAGACCAAGUCCCCCCACAAGCCCCCAUCUCCAGUACAGAUACCCCUCACACACCCUCCCUGUACAGUUGCCUCGAGGCCAGCAAUGAGCAGCCUGAGGGGGACGAUGUCUUCUUCGACAUGCUAGUUAAGUGCCAGGGCUCCAGACUUAACGACCAGAGAUGUGCUGCUCCACCUUCUACAACUAAGGGACCAACUGUUCCAGAUGAGGAUUUUUUCAGUCUCAUCCUGCGUUCUCAGUCCAACAGGAUGGAGGAGCAGCGAGUCCUGCCGCCCCCUGGCGUUACCCAAGCCAAACCAGACUGACUCCACGGAGU